AUUAUCAUAUUCAGAUGCAUACUUAGCUUAUAUGAUAGAUAGACAUUAACCUAGUGAGUGGAGAAUGCAAAGCUGUCGUCUUCCCUGUCCCGUUGGCUUUGCCUUCGGCUUUUAUAUAUAUUGUCUGCUUCUGCUCUUUCCUCUCUGCCCUCCCAUUUCCCAACUUCAGGCGCUAUGCGUUUUUACUCUCCUUUCUUCUUCUUCCUCCUCACCACAACGACGGCUUCUCGUUUCCUUUGGCCGCCAAGUCCUGGACUAGAAGCUACAGAGCUUCAGCAAGUGAAGCAUGCAGGGGAACUGGAUGAAGAGGACUCCAAUUGGGAAAAUUUGAUAGAAAUGGAGAAAUGCGAGGAUGGAAAUGAGGAAUGUCUAAAGAGAAGAGUAUUAUUGUAUGAGGCACAUUUGGACUACAUUUACACGCAGCACCACCCUAAGCCAUAGCAAGGCCAAGAAAUUAAGGAGUACUCUACUAGAAAAACUAAUUAUCAUUAUGACUAGUUGUAUGUUACACGAACUGCUUUUCUGUCUUUGUUGAAAUCAUGAUAUUGAUUCAUAUUCUGAGUCAA